CACACCCUCAUCGAGGUGCACCUUGUUUAACUAGUCCCUGCAUUAGCAGCACCAAGCCACUGCAGAUUGACGACUGCCGAUUUCUGCAAAAGAAAUGGCAGAACAGUAAAACUGGGAUGCAGAACUUAAACAACUUGUGGCUGCAAUGUUUUUUUUUUUACAUAGAACUGCUGCUCAAAUUCGCGGUUAAAAGAGACUGCCAGUCAUUUCUGAAACUUCUGUAACGACUGAGUACAACCCAGACGGUUGCCCGGACUUACAGGGAUGGAGUUGCCUCGUUCGACUUCUUUGAAGAUUGCAAAGUUUCUGAUAUUCUCUCUGAUUCUCUCGUUUGAGAUGUGUAUCGCUCAAAGGCAGGUGAUAUUACCAGAAGGGCCCCUUUAUCGGGCCGAAGGGCGUCACGUCACGAUUGAGUGUGAGGUGCGGGGAACACAGCCGUCGCAAGAGCAGAGCUUCGAGUGGUCUGUCACCCUCCCGGAGAAGCCUACGUGGAGCAUUCAGAUCAUCAGCACUCAUGAUCCUGACUACACGUACGCCAUGUACAGUAAAAGAGUGGAGUCUGGGGAGAUCUAUGUGGAGAGAAUCACAAGCAAGUCUGUGCGGCUACACAUCACCAACCUGCGGAAGAGCGAUGAAGGGGUGUACAAGUGCCAAACUCCCAACAUGGAGGAGAUAUACUGGGGAUCUUACAAUGAAUUCACUAAGUUAACAGUUAUUCCAGAUGCACUGAGUGCAACAUUGGUGCCUCAGGUCAUCAAUAAGGUGGAAGGCGAUUCGCUGGAGCUGGUCUGCGAGGUAUCCAAACAAACGCUGUACCACACGCAUGUGGCCGUCACGUGGUACCUGGAGAAGGGAGGUCAGGAAGUCCAGGUCAUCUCUCUAACGCGAGAUUUCAUCCUGAGCGCAGGAGAGCUGUACAAGCAACGGCAGGAGUCGGGAGACGUGAGAUUGGACAAGAUGGGUGCCACCUCGUUCAGGCUCACCGUCCACAAGUUACAGAGGUCCGAGCAGGGGCUGUUUCACUGCCAGAGUGUGGAGUGGAUGCAAGACCCAGACAAAUCCUGGCAGGAGCUGUCUGAAAGGCGGACGCACAAUGUCACUGUCAAUGUCAGAAGCCUGGGUAAGGAGUUUCGUUCUCUUAUUAAAGCCAAGGAAGUGAAUAUUAAUGUUGGAGGCUCACUGGAGAUUACCUGCAUGGUGGAAGCUCAGAAUCCUGCAGAGCGAUUCUUCACGGUGGUCUGGUUCCUGAACAAUGAUGAGAUAGUCCGUAUGGAACCCAAUGCAGUCCUGUCCUUCCACGGUGAAUACGGAGCGAGGGAGAAUUUGGGAAAGUUGGCUGUCAGGAAGAAAGACGACAAGGAAUACUUUCUGAAACUGUACCAGAUUAAAAUGGAGGACGGUGGGAGAUAUCACUGCCAGGUGGAGGAGAGUGAGAAAGUUACAAUGGGAGCGUUCUCAUCCAACAGGUCCGAGGAGAUUGCAAUCACUGUGCAAAGGCCACAGGCCGACCUUAAGGUGGAGAUCAGCAUUAAUGCGACGAACAUUUUGGAAGGGGAUGUUCUUCAGUUUGCCUGCAACGUUCGUUCGGGGGCCACAGUGCCUGGGCAGCUUUCUGUUAUUUGGCAGUUCAUGGACAAACACAAGGUGAAGAGCGAUAUCAUUGAGAUGCAGCAGAAUGGUGUCCAAGUCACUGCUCCGCCCUACCAAGAGCGGGUUGGUCACGGAGAAGUCCGGAUGGCCAGAGUGGGGUCCGAUACUUUUACGUUGGGCAUUUAUGAUGCCAGGAUUUCAGAUGAAGGAAUGUACUCUUGCAAAGUGAUGGAAUGGACAGCGAUGCCCAACCAAAACUGGAAACUAAUCGGAGAUUAUGUCAGCAGUGAUAAGGCAGUGACGAUUAAAUCUCUGGAAAGCAUCUUUAAAGUCAUUGCCAUAACCCGCACGCCAACUGCAAGAUACUACGGUACAUUUGAACUGCAGUGCUUCAUCCAGCCGCUAAUCAUCAAUCACCUCCCAAUUGACGUGACGUGGAAAUUUCAGCCGGCUAAUUCGGACGAGAGCUUCCACCUCGUGACUUUCAGCCAUGACACUGCGAUCGAGUGGGGAGACAAGGCAGUGAGCUUCAAAGGGAAAAUGAUAGUCGCUAAAACAGCGUCCAACACGGUCCGCUUGCGUGUGUCCAGGGUCAGCAGCCUGGAAGCUGGCAAGUUUCUGUGUGACGCAGUAUUGUGGAAAAGACAACGGCCGGAUCAAUGGGUCAGGGUAGUCAGCGUGACGUCAAACAUCCUGCAGGUGGUGGUUCAGGCCCCAGUAAGCCGUUUGCAGCUCGCACAAGGGAACACAACUAUAUGGAAAAGGGUUAGCGACGUCAUUGAACUCGAUUGUAAAAUCUUUGCUCAAACCCAGAAUGAUUCCCAGUUCUCAGUCUCAUGGCUCUUCAUAAAGCCACAAGGGCAGAAGGAGGUAACUCUUCUGAACAUCGAUCGCAACAACAUCAUUCGAUACAACGAGGAAUUGCGAGCCAGCGAUCGGGAGGGGACGAAGAUGCGGGUUGAGAAGACUUUGCGUGAUCUUUACAAACUAAUUAUAGGGAAAGCUGAAGUGACCGAUCAAGGGAAUUACUGUUGUGCGGUCACAGAAUGGCUAUUAGACCCCAACAAUGUUUGGUAUGAAGUGGGCAAAGCCGUGUCGGCAGUGACCACCGUACAAGUGCAUACACCAGAUGCCAAUCUACAAGUCGUUGACACGGACAGGCUUGAGUCACUCAAGGAGGAUGCGGCCUUUGAACUCGAGUGCGUUAUCAACAACCAAACGCAGGCAAGCUCUCAGUUCUCCGUGACGUGGUUCUUCCAAAGCAAGGGGCAGCCCAAGGCAUCUCGGAGAGAGCUGCUCCGUACAGAUCGCAACAACAUCCAGCGUUACCGUGGGAACCUCACGGCCGAUUCCCACAAGUCGACACUGCAAAGUGUGAAGGUUUCCAGCAAUAACUAUAAGCUGAUCAUGAGCAGCGUGGCGCCAGGUGAUAGUGGCGUCUACUAUUGCAGAGUGGAGGAAUGGGUCACAAACGGCCAGAAUCAAUGGGCUCUUCAAGGAAGCAUUGAAUCCGGAAGAACAACCCUUCGUGUCCAGCCUUCAGCUGUUACACUCCACACCAAAGCCUGUGCCUCUCCAUCACUCUUCUACUUCCUAUUUGUCUACCCAUUCAUCAUCAUCAUAGCUCUCCUCGCCCUCGUUGUCUACUUUUACCUGAACCCGAAAAAGCCGCAGAAAUCUUCUCAAGUAAAUAAUUUUUGGGCACCGAUUGAACCCGUCAAUGACGAUCUGAAAAAUGAAGAGGAUACAAGUGUGAUAUGACGCACUGGGUGAAUGGUCUUUGUGCCACUCUGUUGUGGACGAAGUGUGUCAUUAAAUGACGGCCAAAUUAUAUGUUGCUCGGGAGAAGUUCACACAAGUGCCCAACAAAAUCCGCAACUGAAGCUACCCACUCAACUUAAAUGUCGGUUGUCUUCAUUUAAAGUUGGCAUUCACAACUCUUGCCAAAUGAGGAUUGUUUAAAUUGUUUAAAUGAAUCUUCACUGGUUGAAAGUUCAUCUUCGUUCCAAAGCUGAAGAAGAGUCAGAAACUGAAGAAAGAUCUCGACAGGAAAUGUUGCCUAUUCAUUUUCCUCCACACAUGCUGCCUGACCUGCUGAGUUCCUCCAGCGCUUUGUGUGUUGCUCAAGACUCCAGCAUCUGCAGUUCUUUGUGUCUACCCUUCUAAUUCAUUCCCUUCCCGUAUUUUAUCUGUAUAAUUUGUCCCGUGUAAUUUUAAUUGUGCAUUUUUAGACACAAACUAAACCAGUCUGAAGAAGGGACUUCGCCUAUCCAUGUUCUCCAGAGAUAGCAAAACGUAGAAAAAUAG